AUGGCUCAGGCCGCCUUUGCAGCCUUCGAGCGCGCCGAUUACCUCGAGAGCGAGCGGCUCUGGCGCGCGGCCACGGAGCAGCACCCAAAGGAGGGCCUGGGGUGGGCCAACCUCGCGGUCGCGCUCAUCAUCAACGCCUCCGACAAGAUGACGCUCGGCGUGCUUCCCACCGGCGAGCCGCUGCAGAGGCUCGAGGAGGCGCUCUCCGCGACCGAGCGAGCGGAGGCGCUCGGCGCCGCCGACGGCAUUCUCCUCAACUCGCGCGGCAACGCGCUAGGUCUGCUGCAGCGGUGGGGGGAGGCGCGUGCCGCGUACGCCGCGGCUACGACGCUCUCGCCGCGCGACUUUGAGUCGAUUCCGCGCUCGAAUGAGGCGCUUGCGCUCAUGCAGCUCGAGGAGCCCGCGCAGGCUGAGGCGCUGGUGAGGCGGAUCAUGCGGAGGGAUCCGAACUUUGUCGACGCGUUCGCCCUGCUGGCGGCAGUGCGCUGGAUGCAGGGCGACCCGGGUGGGACGGCCAGAGCCAUCGCCCAGCUGUGCGGCGGCGGCGACGGCAGGAUGUGGUGCGCGCGCUACUCGACCGAGCAGGUGGUGCUCGGGCGCUGGACGCCGCGCGCGGUGGAGGCGUACCGCGAGCUGCUCAAGGAGAAGAGCGUCCAGCUCGAGCUGAAGAAUGGACUGAUCUGA